ACAACACAUGCAGAGUGAUUGAAGGCAAGUAUGUAGAUCUUCUGGCUCAGAAUGAUGAAAGCAAAAAGCCGUGGACUAAUCAUAGAGCAGAGCAACUCAAGUGGGAAAAACAAGUGUUUGAAUGGGCAUGAUGAGCAACCACCAAAAUCGGUGAUGUACUUCUUUGGAACCACAAGUUCUAUGUCAGAGGAACAUAUUAAUGAACUUGCAGUAGGGUUGGAAGAAAGCAAGAUGAGAUUCAUCCGGGUACUCAGAUAUGCUGAUAGAGGAGAUGUUUUUGCAGUGGAAGAUCAGAGUCUAAAGCUUCCAGAAUGGUUUGAAGAGAGAACUGGAGGAGCAAGGAUGGUUAUAAGAGAGUGGGUGCCUCACGCUGAAAUUCUGAGACACCCCUCUACUGGAUGUUUCAUGAGUCACUGCAGAUGGGGAUGGUGUCUAGAGAGCAUUAGUAUUGGUGUGCCAAUAGCAGUAGGAGACUUGGUGACUGCAUCGGCUAUUAAAGAAGCUCAGAGAACAAUAAUGGCAUCUGAAGAAGGGCGAAUGAUGAGGAAAGGGCAGAGGAAUUAGGAAGAGCUGCUCAUCAGGCUACCAGGGAAAGUGGAGUUUCUCACAAGGAGUUGGAGUCCUUUAUCAACCACAUCACUAGUUAGAUCAUCAUUGAUAUAAAGCUAGUUACUUCAG